ACUGCCAUUAUAACGUGGACCUCAUUAUAGCAAAAAAAAAUCAAAAUUACACUGUUUCUUUAUUUUCUUUCCAUCAACUGAUCCUCUAUUCGAGCAAUUUGAUUUUUUUUUUUGAAAGGAUUCUAAACUGAUUCUCUUCAAGCAGUCUUGAUAUUCUCUUGCGAUACAAAGAGUCAAAAGCUAUCUAGUUAGCAUUGAAAUUGUCCCAUGCUUUUCUGUUUUUCGUAAAUUGAGGUUAUAUUUGUUAAAUCUUGAAAAGUUGAACUUGUGCUAUUAAAGUGCUGUUAUUAUUGUAUUUUUAUUUUCUUUAAAUAAUAUUUCUAAAAUGUUUCAACUAUUUUGGGUAGUUCUGUAAUACCAACAAACAAAUAUGGGAAAAGGAGAUCGUUUCAGAAAAAGGUUUGUGAGAAAGGACCAAGAAAAAAGAAAAAACAGUGUAUCUGAUUUUAAUGAUAGUGCUCCAAAAAAAAAGCGUAGUAAACUCUCUUCAUUAAAAGCAGGCACAUCUUCUAAAAGAAUAUACAAACAAAAUAUAAAUAGAAACAGUAACAGUGAUAAUAAUGUAGAUGACACACCAAAAAGUGCAUUUGGUCAGUUGGUUGAAACUCUGAACACCAAGCAAUCUUCUCUUAUCGACAGUGGCUCAUCUGAAGAUGAAAUAGAAGACGCAUAUGCUGCUCAAGAUAACGAGGAUGAACUUUCUUCUGAUAGCAAUGAAGAACAAGAGGCGGACGAUGAAGAAGAAAUUGAUCAGGGAGUGCAAGAUGUCUCGCCAACAGAUCCUUUUGAAAUUCACUUCCACCGUGAGCUGAGUGAGUCACUGUAUGAAGUGGUUUCAUCGCAACCUGCCAUGCUUGAAGAACAAAACGUUGACUGGCCCAAUCUGGGCAACAUUGUAUUCAGGAGUCCGAAACAGGCACUCGGCGAUAAAGAACUGGGACCAAAAAAGAGCUUAUUAUCGUUAGAUAAGGAGCUGCCUUCAGCUCAACCUGGUUCAAUUCCAACCAUUCAAAAACUCACAAAUCUAGAUAAUUUCUUUAUCAAAACUCAGUUGCAAGGCAAUGUUCACACAGCGAACUCCACAGCUCUUGGAAUUGACCUGGAUUCCGAAAAGAUUUUCACUCCUCUUCAGAAAGAACUUUUAACUUUGAUCAAGGAUUAUCAAGAUUUAUAUUUUCCUGGAAGAACGCUGGAUAACGCUGAAGAGAUAAGAUUUGUCUACUGCCUUCAUGCAAUCAAUCAUGCACUGAAGACCCGUCUGAAAGUUAUUCAUCACAAUUCAAGACUUGUGGACAAAACGAAUGUGCCAGAAGAGUUUCGUGAUCAAGGCUUAGUGAGACCCAAAGUGCUGAUCCUUGUGCCGUUCAGGGAUUCUGCUCUCAAAAUCAUCAAAAACAUCAUUUCUAUAUUGUUGCCUGAUGAAAAAUCUAACGUUGUCAAUAAAAAGCGGUUCCUGAAUGAGUUUACUGGAGGCGAAUUGGCAAUGCCAAAUAAAAAUCCUAAACCAGUUGAUUAUGAGAGAACAUUCAAGGGAAAUGUGGACGACAAUUUCAGGAUUGGCAUUUCAGUUACCAAAAGAAGUCUCAAGUUGUAUGCUGAUUUCUACUCAUCUGAUAUCAUAGUUGCUUCUCCGCUUGGUCUUCGAGUGAUCAUUGGUGCUGAAGGAGAAUCCGAACGAGACUAUGACUUUCUUGCUUCCAUUGAGCUCCUUAUUCUAGAUCAAACUGAAGUUUUUCUAAUGCAGAAUUGGGACCACCUGUUGCACAUGUUCGAGCACCUCCACAUGCAGCCUCAGAAGGCGCACGGCACUGACUUCUCGCGAAUACGCAGCUGGGCUCUGAACGGCUGGUCGCAGUACUACAGGCAGACCCUGCUGCUCUCCAGCCAGCCCCUCCCUCUCAUCACUGCUCUCUUCCAGAAGAAGUGCACAAACUACAGUGGAGCAUUCACCGUUUGCAACAACAUCAUCGAUGGAAGUAUCUGCCAAGUUGCUGUUAAAAUGCCUCAGGUGUUUUGCAAAAUCGAUUGCAGUUCGGCCGUGACAGCAAUUGACAGGCGCCUGAAAUACUUCAUCGACGAAAUAUUGCCACAAAUGAGGGAUCCAUUCAUGAAGCACUGCAUGAUCUACAUUCCGUCCUACUUGGAUUUUGUUCUCAUCCGCAACUAUUUCAAGAAAGAGCUGAUAAGCUUUGUGCAGAUCUGUGAGUACUCGAAAGAUUCGAAAAUUGCCCGCGCUAGAGACAAGUUUUUCCACGGCGAAUCGCACUUUUUGCUGUACAGUGAACGGUUCCAUUUCUACCGCAGAAUACGCGUGAAAGGCAUCAGGCACAUUGUUUUCUUCCAGCCUCCCUCGUUCCCCAACUUCUACAGUGAACUUUGCAACUUGAUUCACGAUGACGGCGAAUCAAAUGUUUCGGUUACUACAAUUUUCAACCAGUUUGAUGUGCCUCAACUCUCAGCUAUCCUAGGAUCCAGUAGAACUAGACGCUUGAUGAAAUCUAGCAAAGUAAUCCAUCGACUUGAAGCAACGUAGUUAUUGUAAAUUAUGUUUUUGAAUAAAAAUAAAUCAAGCAUCACCGA